GUUCGAGCGGCAGCGGGCGCUGAGUGGGUGCGGAGGCCGUUGCUUUGGCUGGGGAGCCCUCGUGACUGCGGUAGGGUCAGACAUGCCCUUCUCAAACAGCCACAACCUCCUGAAGACCAAGUACUCUGCUGACGAUGAGUUCCCCGACCUGAGCGUUCACAACAAUCACAUGGCCAAGGUGCUGACCCAGGACCUGUACAAGAAGUUGAGGGAUAAACAGACUUCCAGUGGAUUUACCCUGGAUGAUGUCAUCCAGACUGGGGUUGACAACCCAGGCCAUCCCUUCAUCAUGACAGUAGGAUGUGUAGCUGGUGAUGAAGAAUCCUAUGAAGUGUUUAAGGAACUCUUUGAUCCAGUGAUUGAAGACAGACACGGUGGCUACAAACCAAGCGAUGAGCACAAGACCGACCUGAACGCCGAUAACCUGCAGGGAGGUGAUGACCUGGAUCCCAAUUACGUGCUAAGCUCCCGUGUCAGAACUGGUAGAAGCAUCCGUGGAUUCUGUCUUCCCCCACACUGUAGUCGAGGAGAGAGACGGGCUAUCGAGAAGCUCUCUGUCGAAGCCUUGGGUAGUCUGGAGGGCGAUCUCAAGGGGAAGUACUAUGCUCUGAGGAACAUGACUGAUGCAGAGCAGCAGCAGCUGAUUGAUGAUCACUUCUUGUUUGACAAGCCAGUUUCUCCUCUUCUGUUGGCAUCUGGGAUGGCAAGAGAUUGGCCUGAUGCCAGGGGUAUCUGGCACAAUGACAACAAGACCUUCCUUGUCUGGAUCAAUGAGGAGGAUCACCUUAGAGUUAUUUCCAUGCAGAAAGGUGGCAACAUGAAGGAAGUGUUUACUCGCUUCUGUACUGGACUAACACAGAUAGAAACUCUCUUCAAGUCCAAAAACUACGAGUUCAUGUGGAACCCACAUUUGGGCUACAUCCUGACCUGCCCAUCCAACCUUGGAACAGGGCUCCGUGCGGGUGUGCACAUCAAGCUGCCCAACCUUGGGAAACAUGAGAAGUUUGGAGAGGUCCUCAAGAGGCUUCGGCUGCAGAAGCGAGGCACAGGUGGUGUGGAUACAGCUGCUGUUGGAGGAGUGUUUGAUGUCUCCAAUGCUGAUCGUCUCGGCUUCUCUGAGGUAGAGCUGGUGCAGAUGGUGGUGGAUGGGGUGAAGCUCCUCAUUGAGAUGGAGAAACGCCUUGAAAAAGGCCAGUCCAUUGAUGACCUCAUACCAGCUCAGAAAUAAAGCACUUUGUUCUCAUGCUUCCUAACUUAUUGGAUGAAUAAAAUGUCACUCCAAUUCAAACCCUUGGGGUCAGAGCCCACUUAGUUACACUGUAGAGAAGUCUUCCAUCCAUCUGUGUUAGAGUUUAUUUUUUUGAUGGUUGAGAUGUUGCUGAAAGUUAAAUAAACUGUUGUUUUGGCCUGA